UUAUUAGAAAUAGUUAAUGUUUGUGAUAGCAGAAACAACGGCAAGGUAUGACGUAGGAGACCUUCACACUGAAGACGGAAAUAAAAGAAGAAGCUGAAAUGUAUCCUUUGUUAUGUAUCCUUUAAAACACAAGUAAAAUUACUUCUUGCUUACGUUGCGAAAGAAUACAAAUUUUUCAGUAUUGGAUUUAAACGGACGAGCAUCAUGUACGUCAGUGGCCAGCGCGCGACAAAAGAAAUUAUAUGCAACGUGUAACAUGGAAAACCAGCGCGCGACCAUGGAGCCAUAAUUUUUGCUCUGCGCCGUUUAGUAUUUAUUACUAUUAGAUUACUUUUUACUUUUGUUUCUAAGAUCCUCGUUCUUCCAGUCUGUUAUCCAAUGGUUCUGACCUCGCCUCAUGUACCUAGUAACCUAGUAACCUAGUAACCUAGUAACCUAGUAACCUAGUAACCUAGUAACCUAGUAACCUAGUAACCUAGUCACCUAGUAACCUAGUAACCUAGUAACCUAGUAACCUAGUAACCUAGUAACCUAGUAACCUAGUAACCUAGUAACCUAGUAACCUAGUAACCUAGUAACCUAGUAACCUAGUAACCUAGUAACUUAGUAACCUAGUAACCUAGUAACCUAGUAACCUAGUAACCUAGUAACGUAGUAAUUUGUAUAGUGCAACAAAUUAUUUUUUCAAACCAUGUACUUUGCUUAUAUAUUUUUGAUUUGGAUACUCAAAAUUUCGCCCAUCAGACUUGAACGGAUUUGAGAAUCUCUCUGGAACAACUUCCCAAAUCAUGAAUGACAACAACGGUAUAUUAAAAGAUAUGAAUUUGGAAAACGCAGUAAAUAGUGAUGGGCCGUUCACUUUCCGAUGGGCUUCUGACGGAUCGCCUGCAGAAAGGCAAGGCAUCUACAAAGUUAUUCUUUAUGCCAAAACGGCGGAUGCCAGCAUUGCCGGGUGGAAGGUGUACGUAGAAGACACAAGUGCCCAAAAAUCAGAUGCCCAGUUCAAUAACCUAGACGAACAGGUCCCAUGUACAGCUGGCGACCCUUUAAGUGAGGGUAAGGAUACCAAAGAGUUCAUCUGCCAGGAAAGACUUGCCGCUACACAAGUCAUCAUUAAGGGAUCUAGUGUCGUUGCGGAACUCGCUGAAGUUGUUGUAGUCGGGAAAACUUGGGCAACUUAUCCGUGUGGGUUAGGAUAUUACAACACAGACAGCGGCACUCACAGUGACACUGCUUUAUACGGCUGUAAAGUCUGUGAAGAUGGUUCACACGACGCCCGCACAGACUUCGCUUCAGACCCAGAACUAGCUAAAGCUUGCACCCAGUGUGACAACUCAGUAAAGAAGAUCUUCUACACUAAGACACUAGACCACAAGAAGCUGAACAAGUGUCAGUCGUGUGCUGCUCCAACAGUUGUCCUCGCUGACAAAGGAACUUGUGUCAAGUGUCCGGCUGGACAAGAAUAUUAUGCAGAAGGUGCUGAUGCGGACUGCAACUAUCCUGCUAACCCUGAACGAGCGUCUGCCACUGCUGUCGCUGUAACUGAUCCCUCAACAUGCACCAAAGUCGAAUGUAAAGCUUGCCCGGACGGAACCCGUAACCCAGCAGAGAGUUCGGACUACUGUUACAGCUGCACUCAUAUGAAGGAGUACACCACGGACAAAAUAGAAUGUCUGACGUGUGAUGUGGGCAAGAUACGAGAUAGUACUGGCAAUACUUGUGAAGACUGCCCUGCUGGUAAAAAACGAGGGAUAUCUGACAACAACUGUGUUCCAUGUGAUUCUGGAUGGAUGUCUGCUGCUGGAGCGUCUGUUUGCACAGAGUGUCCCGUGGGUCAGUACGAAGAUAGUAAGACAAGUUGUGAGAAGUGUCCUGUAGGGAAGUACAAUGAUCAGACAGGACAGUCAGGAGAAAGCAGCUGUGAAGUCUGUGCUGAAGGUUAUGUUGCUGCUAGUGAGGGGUCUGAGACCUGCACUCAGUGUCAACAGGGAACUUACGAAGAUGGGAAAGAUAAAGCCUGUAAGAAUUGUGCGGCAGGUUACUAUCAAGCGGCUGCUGGACUGCAAUCAUGUGAAUCUUGUGGAGAUGGAGAAAUCUCUGCUGAAGGAGCAACGACGUGUACGCAGUGUGAUAAGGGAGAAGAACCGAACUCUGAUAACACUGCUUGUGUUCCUUGUGCAGCUGGGAAAUAUCAGCCUGAACAAAGAAAAGAAACUUGUCUUCUCUGCGGAGUAGGAACUAUCACUGCAACUACGGGAAGGGACACGUGUGACCCUUGUGAACAAGGUCAGGAAGCUGACGUUGCGAGAACUGCCUGUGUUGAUUGCGGGGCGGGGAAAUUCCAGAGUAGUGCUGAUGGUGGGGCUUGUCAGGAUUGUGAAGCUGGAACUUACAGUGCAGUUAAAAGUUCAGAGUGCACUGAAUGCAGCCCUGGAUACUACCAAGAAAAUCCAGGGCAGGGUUCCUGCGUUGAAUGUCCAAGCGGAAAGUUUUCCGGUGCUGAAGGAGCGACCGAAUGUUCUGAAUGUGUAGCUGGUCAUGUGACUAUAACAGAGGGCUUGUCCGUAUGUACGGAGUGUCCAGUGGGUCAGUACGAAGAUAGUAAGACAAGUUGUGAGAAGUGUCCUGCAGGGAAGUACAAUGAUCAGACAGGACAGUCAGGAGAAAGCAGCUGUAAAGUCUGUGCUCCUGGUUAUGUUGCUGCUAGUGAGGGGUCUGAGACCUGCACUCAGUGUCAACAGGGAACAUACGCAGCAGACAAAACACAAGCCUGUAAAGUGUGUGAAAUAGGUAAAGUUCAGGCUUAUAGCGGAGCAGUGUCCUGUGAUGUGUGUCCGGCUGGUGAGGUUCCUAACAAGGGAAAGCUAAAGACAGAGUGUGUGAAAUGUAAUGCGGGACAAGAAUAUUAUGCAGAAGGUGCUGAUGCGGACUGCAACUAUCCUGCUAACCCUGAACGAGCGUCUGCCACUGCUGUCGCUGUAAUUGAUCCCUCAAAAUGCACCAAAGUCGAAUGUAAAGCUUGCCCGGUCGGAACCCGUAACCCAGCAGAGAGUUCGAACUACUGUUACAGCUGCACUCAUAUGAAGGAGUACACCACGGACAAUAGAGAAUGUCUGACGUGUGAUGUGGGCAAGAUACGAGAUAGCACUGGCAAUACUUGUGAAGACUGCCCUGCUGGUGAAAAACGAGGGAUAUCUGACAACGACUGUAUUCCAUGUGAUUCUGGAUGGAUGUCUGCUGCUGGAGCGUCUGUUUGCACAGAGUGCCCCGUGGGAACAAAGUCAAACACAGCUUUAACAGACUGUGACCUGUGUGUUCGUGGCAAGUAUCAAGACAAAGCCGGACAGAACACUUGUGAAGUCUGUGAAGAUGGUUAUGUGACCACGGAAGAUGGUUCGCCUCAGUGUGUGGCUUGUCCUCAGGGAACAAAGUCAAAUGCUGGCUUAACUGACUGUGAUCCUUGUGCUACUGGAACAUAUCAAGACGAGAUAGGGAAAACUGAAUGCAAACAGUGUCGGGAAAAUAUGUUUACUGAUAAAGUUGGACAGGUCGUGUGUUUGAACUGUCCGGAUAAAACGUACGCUGGAAAGGAUGCAGCGAAGUGCGAACCAUGUCCUCCGGGAUCUCCAGCAGCUGUUAGAGCUAGGAUGGAGAAUGAUGGAAUUGAGGAGAUUUUAAUCGAGAAAUGCAUAAGUGAUCUGGGAGAAGGCUGUGCCUCUGAAACAGAGUUCCAAACACAGUACGGAACAUUCAGCCACGACUGGCUGGAGCUCGACAGCAGCUCAGAACCUCAGAAAUGUGAGUUUGACGAGUUCACCGCGGUUUUCACCUGCAAGAUGGACAGUGCUAAGAAAACGUAUGUGGAGAAGACUUACUACUGUCAGAAGACUGCGAACACCAUAGCCAUAGAAAGUCUAGUCGACGAUCAGAAUGUCUCGAAUGAAGAUAAGACGGCACAGAUGGAGAAGAUGACAAAUAAUACGGUCAUGAACGGUAUCGGUGACGUAAAGGCCGUCUCUGACGUUCUAGAAUCCAUCGUCAAAAGCGACGAGGGAGAAAAAGAAGGCGGGAAUAUCUCAGAGGCAGUGACCCAGAGCGUCCUGAACACCGUGUCUAACCUUGUGAAGUCUGAUUUUAAGACAGCAGAUGACGACACUGAAACCCAGUCCGCCAGCAGUAUCACUGAUGGUUUGGUGACGCAGAUUGUAAACGUUGCUAAGCAAACUGUUGUCAAGAACAAGAUAAUCAAGUCUCCUCGCAUAGCCGUGAUCGAUCUUAAGAAAGGUGGUGGUGAGAGUAAUCCAAGCAAUAAUGGUGUUGUCACCUUCACCCUUCCUAAAGCAAACCGAGAUGGUAAGGAUCUUCAAGGCUGCGAAUUAGGAUCUGGAUCAAGCGAUAACAAAGAGGAGAAGGAAAACACAAUUCUAUUGAUUGAGACAAAGUCGGGAGAAACGAACGAGGAUGUGGACAUGGCUGUGGUCCUGAUCACAGACUCGACACUCAUGCCGGACACCACCAUAUCCUUGGUGACGAAGGAGGAGGGCGAGGAGGACGAGGAAACCGUCACUAAAAUCCUGGAUGAUCUGAAGAGUGAGCUAGAGGACGCAGCCAACAAAGACGGUGGAGACGCCAAAAAAAGCUUCGUCAACUCGUUUAUCACGGAGGUCAAAGUUGAAAACGCACCCGAUAACUUUAAGCUAAACCUCUUCAUGAAGCCCACCAUCGAUAUAGGCAACACGAACUCCAGCCUCAACACGGAGCCAGACGGCAAGAGAAUGCAAGUUUCGUACAUCUGCGCAAAAUACGACCCUGUCAAAGCGAAGUGGGAGGAGGGUUGCGAGACUAUCUACAACUCUGCUAAGCCGUCAGAUGGAGUGCUUUGUUUGUGCUCUCACAACACCAGCUUUGCUGUCCUCAUGUCAGCUUACGAGAUUGACCGUGGGUUUGCUGAAGUACAAAGCUACCUAACGUAUGUUCUUCUCGGAAUUUCAACCGUCGGUCUCAUCUUGACUCUGGUGUUCUUGCUUCCUGCUAAAGCCCUUCGCUCAACUCGGUCCGCUAAGAUCAACAUCUGCUUCACUGGCGCCCUGCUGUUAGCCUCAUUGAUGUUCCUCAUCCAGGACGCAUUCAUUUCUGCUGAUGAUACCGGACUCAUUAAACUGAAGUCGACGGGAUGUGCCGUGUACGCGAUGAUCCAGCACUACUUAUGGCUUGUGGUCUUUGCCUGGAUGGUAGUCGAAGGGUUCCUUAUGUACCUCUCUCUCGUACAAGUGUUCGGGUCUCAUAUCUCAAAGUAUAUGCUAAAGUUUAACCUCGCAGCAUGGGGUAUCCCUCUACCGAUACCAUUCAUCGGAUAUUUCGUCUUCACGAAGCAGCACACUGUGGGUAGCUUCACCUUCACUGAACAUGGGUACCUUGCGGACACCAUGUGCUUUAUCCGACCUGAAAGUAUCUCCUUCUACGCCCUCUUCUUAGCCCCCAUUGUCUUGGUUAUCUUGGUGAACCUUGUAUUCUUCGCACUCGUUGCCAAAGUGAUCAAGAACUCAAAAUCCUCCGGCAACAUCUCUGAUCAAGAACAAAUUUUGCGGCAGCUCAAAGCAGCAGUCGGGGUGAUGGUCUUGCUCGGAACAGGCUGGUUCUUCGGUAUAUUCAUGUCCAUCCCAGCCCCUCAGUUCCAAGUGGGGAUGCAAUAUCUCUUCAUUCUUCUCAAUAGCUCACAGGGAAUAUUCGUGUUCCUGUUCUAUAUAGUGCUAAACGACCAGGUAAAGUCUCACUGGCUAGUUAAGGUUGGACUCCAAGAAGAGAAGAGGACCACGACAUCAUCCUCCGCCGCCGCCGCCGGCAAAUCAGCAGCCACUAAGGCAACGACGGUCAGCGCCAGCGCCGCCCCAAACCAAACUGACAACAUUUAUGAGAACGCCGCCGCUUCCAACGAGGAUCACACGUACGCAAGUGCAGAGUACGCAACGGCCAGCGACAAAACAGGCAAGCAUGAGUUUCCGGCUAAGUCAGACAAUAAUGCGAACAUUUGAUUUAUAUUUGUGGGAAUAAAUUUUGUAUACAAAAACUGGCUCUACCUGCCAACUAAUCGUUUUGUAGAGUAGUUUUUAGAGUUGAUUAGUUGUUUGCGAAAUUCUCAAUAUUUUUGUUAAUUGCAGACUUUGUUAGUUGUUUUUAAUCUUAUUUUUAUUUAAUUUCUAUUUAUGUAAAUACUGAGGAUCCGUCACAGUAAGUGCGUUUUAAAUACUUUUCGACGAAUUUUUCAUCGUCAGUUUUAUCAGACAAAUCACAAUUAACUUUAUUUAAAACCUUGUUGAGAUACUGUGACUGCUAUAUAUCUUUAAGUUUGACAUUGUGAUUAAUAAUUUUAUAUUAAUAACCGGUUACCGGAACAACCAAUUAAA